AUGUCCUGGAAACUUGGCAAGAGCAAGAAGCAACCGACACUUGGUGUGCAGGACAGUGACAUCGCACCGCGGUCAUCAACGCCGACGCCUGCGAAUCCCACUGGCAAGCCUGAGUCACGUUCUGGAUUGCUCGCGAUCCGUGUGCUAUGGGCGGAGGACCUUGCGAUUCCCCGUGGCACUUCCAUGCCGCCCGCGGUGCAGGCUGCGCUCUCAUCUCAGCAAGCCAAGGUCGCUGCGUCGAUGUCGCCGUCGAGCGUUACGCAGCACCGUCUCGCUACACGCAGGAGUAACAGGGACAGCGUGCAGCGUACGCAGUGCUGGUGGCUUCCCUAUCUGGUUAUGGAGUUUGAAGUCAAUCAGGUGCUCAUCACUCCCCUUGGCGGGGAAUUGUCGAAGCCGUUGUAUAUGUAUGAGACCAACUUCGACGUGUCGCGCCAUUCCGAGAUUUCAAUACAAUGCUAUCUCCGCACGGAGGAACCGAAACGUGGCGGCGAUGGAAUUGCUGACGACUUGGGCAAUGAUAUUUUCAUGGGCGGUGUGCGAUUCACUCCGGAUUUUGACGAUGCAUCCGCGCAGGAUCAGUGGUAUGACCUUCUCGGCGGAUUCGGCAAGAUACAAAUUGGCGUCGCGUUCAAGCCAAGCAGCGGGCAUUCGUUGACAAUCGACGAUUUCGAACUGAUCACGGUCAUAGGAAAGGGCAGCUUUGGAAGGGUCAUGCAAGUGCGAAAACGCGACACGUCGCGAAUAUACGCCCUCAAAACCAUACGGAAGCAACACAUCGUCGAGCGAGGCGAGAUCACUCACACGCUUGCGGAGCGCCUGGUGCUCGCACGUGUGAACAGCCCUUUCAUCGUCCCACUGAAGUUCAGCUUCCAAUCCGAGCAGAAGCUCUACCUCGUACUGGCGUUUGUGAAUGGCGGAGAGCUCUUCCAUCACCUACAACGCGAGCAGCGUUUCAAUGAAGAGCGUAGCAGGUUCUACAGCGCAGAGCUGCUCCUCGCACUCGAGCAUCUGCACGAGCUUGACGUCGUCUACCGUGACCUGAAACCGGAGAACAUACUGCUUGAUUACACUGGACACAUCGUAUUGUGUGACUUCGGCCUUUGUAAGCUGAACAUGAAGGACUCUGACACUACGAACACAUUUUGCGGCACUCCCGAGUAUCUCGCACCGGAGAUACUGAUUAAUCAGGGCUAUAGCAAAACGAUUGACUGGUGGACGCUCGGAGUGCUUCUUUAUGAAAUGCUUUCAGGAUUGCCUCCGUUCUAUGACGAGAGUACGGACAAAAUGUACGAGAAGAUACUGAAGGACCCACUCGUGUUCGGCGAUGACAUCGGGCAGCAAGCUCGAAGCAUCCUUACAGGGCUGCUCACACGCGACCCGUCGCAGCGCCUUGGUGUAAACGGUACUGACGAGAUUAGGCGCCACCCCUUCUUUGAGAAGAAUAUCGACUUCAAGAAGUUGUUGCAGAAGAAGAUCCAGCCUCCAUUCAAGCCCAGUGUUUCCAGUCCUGUGGACGUGUCGAAUUUUGAUACCGUGUUCACAACCGAGGAACCCUUGGACAGCGUGGUGGAAGGUUCGCAGUUGUCGCAGACUGUUCAGGCGCAAUUUGCAGGAUUCUCCUACGAUGGCACUAACAUGCCGAAGCUGUUUGAAGGCAUAAUAUUCGGACCACAUGAGUUGGGGUCGGCGUUCACGUUGAAGAACGGCGACUUGCUCAUUGCUGCCGCCAAUGACGACCUGCUUGGCUUCCAUCAUCGCAGGCACUGCCGGCAGAUAACAGAAAUAGCGACCAUCAUCAGUCAUCCGGGUCCACCGAGCGAUAUUCGCGCCAAUCCACCUGCGAGUCUUUCCCCUCGAACAGCACGCAUGGACACUUUGUACCGUGCCCGCCAGAAUAAGCAGCCGCUCGUGCUUACCGCCCUUGGGACUCUCGCCGCCGCUUUCCUCAUUUGGGCGGCGUUCCUUCGGCCUGGGACCCCUCCCGCUGCAGCUCCAAUUGUUACGAAGGCCGUAGCAGUACUCAAAGGAGAUGCUGGAUAUUCCGCCAGCGGAACUGUCACCUUUACGCAGGCUGCGCCCACCACGCCCGUCAAAAUCACUGGUCAACUGAGUGGACUUGAUCCAUCCGCGCUACGCGGUUUUCAUAUCCACGCGUCCGGCGAUCUCUCUUCUGGGUGCGUCUCCGCGGGUCCCCACUUCAACCCGCUCGGGUACACACACGGCGCGCCCUCCGCACCUGUGCGCCAUGCGGGCGACCUCGGAAACGUUGUCAGCAAUGCACAGGGCGUCGUUACCCUCGACUUUGAGGACGCAGGAUUUUCGCUGAGUGGACAGCUCGGCGUCGUAGGACGUACAGUUGUGCUUCAUGCGGGAACUGACGACCUUGGAAAGGGGGGGAAUGAGGAGUCUCUGAAGACAGGUAACGCGGGUGCUCGCGCAGCGUGUGGUGUUAUUGGUCUUGUAAACUAA